GCCGAUCGUCGCCUUGUUUCCUGGGUUAUCCGCAUCGUCGCCUGUCCGUCUUAUGUAUUUGUCGUGCACCUGUAACACCAGCAACAUUGUCGAGAGCAGUUGAACAGUAAAAUACUCGCCGAGUACGUGUAAUAUGUGUACCUAUAGUAAAGCGUAUUCCCUGCGAAGAAUAAGAUUUGUUCGCACGUCAGCAUACACAAGUGGUGGAAGCUUGGGCGAUAGAUUACGUUGGAUCACAUGCGGUGGGUUGAGGAAGCAAGCGCAGGAGCAAGGGCGAACACUUCAUAGGAUGGACAGCGUGGGCGUGCCGGCGAAACGCGUGACCGUGAUACUGAGACGCAUCGAGAGAAGGGAAGACGUGUGACCGCUUUUGUCGGGAGCGCUGGCGGGAGAUGGGCGCCUGCGCUCAGAUGGCGACGAACGUGCGCCGUCGAAUAACCGUCUUCGUCUGCUUCUCCCUGCCAGCCAUGUACUCCUACGUCUAGAUAUACCAUACUAGUCUUUCACACCGCUAGAGCUCGAGAUAAUCGCCUUUUUGUCGUCCAACUUGCUUUCACUCCACCAACAUGCUCGAGUUCAAGGCCACGCUCGUCCUGCUCCUCUGUCUCGUACCCCGGAGUCUGAGCAUAUCCAGCCAGGUACCGCUGGCGGCGCAACCAUGGGAUGCGGAUGAUUACGCAAAGCCCCGCCGGAAACUGCAAGGACGAUUCCUGCAUAUCACGGACAUGCACCCCGACCCACACUAUCGCGUGGGUGCAUCGGAGAAGAAAGCUUGUCACCGCGGCAAGCCCAAGAAGGGCAAGCGGGCAGCAGGUUACUACGGCCUGUCUUACAGGCAAGUUCGCAAUGAUUGCGACGCCCCGCUCUCCUUGACGAACCACACGCUCGACUUCCUGGGCCGAGAAUGGGCGGAUGAUAUAGACUUUGUGAUAUGGACUGGCGAUAGUGCCAGGCAUGACAACGACCGUAAACACCCCCGGACGACGUCGGAGAUAUACGGUCUCAAUCGAGCCAUGGCGAAGAAGAUGGAAGAGGUCUUUGCGCGGAAGGGUAUUCCCGUGGUGCCCACCAUAGGUAAUAAUGACGUCUGGCGUAUUGUCCAGAACAUCAUGAUGCCAGGUCCAAACGGCAUAACAUCCGAAUUCUCUUCUAUCUGGCGGGCCUUCGUUCCCUUUCCUGCAUAUCAGGUGUUUCAGCGUGGGGGCUACUUCUCUGUGGAAGUGGUUCCCAGCUCUGUGGCCGUCAUCAGCUUGAACACGAUGUACUUCUAUGAUUCAAACGCAGCUGUGGGAGGCUGUGAGCAUUCCGAACCACAAGACCCCGGGAACCUCCACUUUGAUUGGUUAGACGUUCAGCUGGAGACGUUCCGAAGCAGGAAGAUGCAGGUUUGGUUGACGGGACAUGUCCCUCCGUCGCCUCGAAACUACUUUCCGGAAUGCUACGUCCGAUAUGUCGAACUUUCGUUGAGGUACCAAGAUACCAUUCUAGGGCACCUUUACGGUCAUAUGAACAUGGAUCAGUUCUUCCUACUGGACGCCAACCAGCUCUCUCGGCCUCGCAACAUGUCAUCGACGUUCGACAACGGAAUCUCGACCCUCAAGCAGAAGAAGAAGGAACUGUACAAGACGCUGAUGCAGGAAUUCUCUGACCUUCCCAAAUACGAGAACCUCGACCAUGACAACUAUGGUGUCGUUAACGUCGCCCCGCCGGUGGUCCCGACGUACCUGCCUUCUUUCCGCAUAUUCACCUACAACACCACGGGAGAGCCCUACGAGCCUGGGCAUCUCGGCGAGGACGAGCAACCAGGGCGGACACCGCGAUCCAUGAAGGAUGUCGCAGGCCCGCUUUGUGCCGACGAAGCGUACGAGAACACUUGGCGAUGCAAACUUACGCAACCGUGGCACUCGAGCCCCAGGUCACCCUCUCGGAGGAACACAUUGUGGACGCCUCUUGGCUAUGCACAGUACUAUCUGCCGAACCUCGACGGGGCCGAUGAGGAGCACCGCCCGAAAUUCAAGCUGGAAUAUCUGACACUCCCGGCGAGCACUCUGCACCCGCCUCCGGACGAUGCACCCGAGUCGGAGAAUGAGACCGCAAUGGGGCGGAAAUUCGACUGGCCUAUUCCAAAGCGCCACUUGCCCCGUUCGCUCCGGAAUAGCACGACAACAAAAUCGAAAAAAUUCGCGCCGUACACGUUGGACGACCUGACGAUUCCGUCUUGGACCGGGCUUGCGAAAAGGCUGGGGAGGAACAAGGGAAAGCUGCGCCAGCGGUUUAAGGAGUUCAUGUACAUGGGCGGCGAGCCGGCUUAGGAUGAGAAACGCGUUAUGUACUAGCGGUGCGACAGAU